AUGAUGUGCAAAAGUAAGCAUUUUUUUAGAGAUACUGAAUAUUUCAUAUACGAAAAAGAGAACUCUAUUCAAAUAGGGAAGGUAAGCAUCAACUAAAAUCAUUAGAAUGAACAACAAAUAAAAUACACAAUCUAAUUGGAAUUGACAACAAUAAUUACUUGGGUUUAUGAUGACAGAAAUCGAUUCAUCGGAUUCAAGUUUAAAUGGAAGUAGAAAAUGAAAACGAUGGUUGUGAAUUAUCAUAAUUGUUUACGACUGAAAAGUAUUUUGGAUGGAAAAGUCUCCUAUAGUAAUCUUGUCAAAAUGUUUAAUAAAGUAAAAUAAAUUCGAUGGCACUCUCAAAACACAGUAACAUAUAUAAUACUUAUAAACGUACUUGUAGAUUAUGCUUGUUCACAGUUGUAUAGAUUAGAGACCGUAUCAAAUGAAAGUGACACCAAAUAGCAUUAAUUACAAUAUGCUUGUAUUAAUUUAAAUCUUAACUAAGGAUUUUAUGUUAGAAUUAGAAGUCUUAAAUCUUUAACAUAAAAACAUGAUAGCAAUUUCGGAGUAUUUCGUUGAAAACGAUAAAUUUUACAUUAUAUUUGAGUACUUAGAAGGAAGAAGCUUAAGGGAGAGAAUGAACUCCUAAUAUAAGAUGAAAAAAGAAGAAGUAAUAGUUGUCUUAAAAGUAAUAAAUGUUAUCUAAUUUACUAAAGCAACUUCUGAGUCUUCUAAUUGCUUUGCAUAGAAAAGGGUUCAUAUGUAGGGACUUAUCUCAAGAUAAUAUAUUUAUAUAGAAGGAUGGUCGAAUAGUUGUAACUGAAUUUGGACAAAUUACUAAAUUGGGUGAAAUCCUGAGAACUAAAAGAGGUACGAAAGAUAUAGAUUUAAUGAAUGAAUUGAUGUUACCCAGUAAUUUAGAAGGCAAUUAAAAUAAUGAGGAUUUUGAUAGAUAAUUUUGGUUUGCUUAAGAUGUAUAUUGUUUAGGUGAACUACUUCAUGAAAUGUAAAAAAUAGAAUUAUGUAUUAGGUUAACUGGUAAGAGUCUUUAAAAAACAAUCUUUGAUAAAUAUAGUAUCUUCCAGUCUAGUUAGAAUACUAUGUCAACUUUAAGAAGGAAGUUUGGACUUCGAAAAUUAUUAGAUAGAAUGCUAGAACCUGAUCCCAAGCUUAGAAUAUCAGCAUAAUAAGCCUAAAGUUUUUUAAAGGACAUGGAAUUCGGUGACGAUUCGUUUGUCGACUUUUCUGAUUAGGAGGAAAGAAACAAUUUCUAGGAAGUUUACUAAUUUAUUUCAAAAGUGUGUCUUUAGAAUCUCUGA